CUGAGGGCGGUUGUUUGAGGUGGAAGAAUCGUGUGGGGAUUCAGUCCGACGGCCAUGUGAAGCUAGAACAUGGCCAAAGAUGAUUUCCUGGGAGAAGCACCCGGUCUCCUCUGAACUGGGGGAGAGACGAACCAGAAGACACGACACGAGCAUCCGAUUCCAUGGCAGGGUGGCCGCGGGGGUAAAGUUGUAAUUGCAUGCGGGCUCUACCUGUCAGAGGGCAAAUAAUACACUGCCAAAGUAAAGAGUGGCAAAAAAAAUGAGGUAAAAGUAAAAGAGGGCAAAUCCUAGAGUAAAAUUCCCCCGUCUCCUCCUCAUCCGCCUCCCUCGCCGCCGCCUCCUCGAUCCCAUCUGCCUCGCCGGCCUCGCUACCUCCACCUCGCUCCCUCCGUCUCCCUCCCUCCCUCCACCUCGCUGCAUCCAUCCCUCCCUCCAUUUCUCCUCUUCUCCGGAUCAAGAUCCAGGCGGCCGCCAUCUCGCCAUGGAAUCUCGUGCGACCGCGUUUUCUCUCCGCCUCCCUGUCGACCUCCAGCCAUGAUAACCGGUUCCCAAUCGUUGUGCCCCUCAGCUUCUACCGAACUCCAGAUCCCCAUCUCUGUCAAUCAGUGCGAAGCCUUCCCCUGUCCAUCUCCAAGCGCAGUCUUCUCAUUCAGGACUCACUUCAGGGCCAGCUUGCAAAACGAUUUUAUCAUCCAGAAUCACUUCCACCAGAGAAUCAGGAGCUGGAAACAGAAAAUCCAGGAGUGGAGCUCUGCCAAACAGGUCCUAAGAUUCCUAAAUUUUCUACAUCCGGAUCUAUUCCUGCUCUCACCCCCGUCCAGCUCCGAACCCCUCGCACGCGGCACGACCAAAUCCUAACCGCCUGAUCCCAAUGCGCAGGGGCCUCAGAAGCAAGGCGUUACUGUGCCGGCUGUGGGUCGCCGUAGCCGUGCUGGUUACCGGCACCAUCUGGCUCUGGUCCUCCUCCUCCAUUGUCCUCCUCGGUACCUACAGGGUCCAGGAUUUUUUUGUAAAUGAUUUGUGGAGAACCGCAGAUUCAAAUGGGUGGAGAGCAUCUUCUGCACCACGCACCUAUUGGCUUCCCCCACCAACUGAAUCUGAGAGCAAUGGGUACGUGCGUGUCCGGUGCAAUGGUGGCUUGACCCAACAACGCAGUGCGAUAUGUAAUGCUGUUGUUGUAGCACGAAUCAUGAAUGCUACACUAGUGCUGCCAGAGUUAGACACAAAUUCAUAUUGGCAUGAUGAGAGUGGUUUUGUAGGUAUAUAUGAUGUUCCCCACUUCAUCAAGACAUUGAAAUAUGAUGUUCGAAUUGUUAUGAGCCUUCCAAAAAUCACUGCAGAGGGAAAGACCAAGAAGCUCAGAGCACAUAAGAUGGAACCACCUAGAGAUGCACCAGUUACUUGGUACAGAACAACUGCUCUAGAGAAGAUAAGGGAGUAUGGUGCGAUAUAUUUAACUCCAUUUUCACACCGAUUGGCUGAAGAAAUUGAUGAACCAGAGCUCCAGAGAUUGAGAUGCAGGGUGAAUUAUCACGCACUACAAUUUAAGCCAAAUAUCAGGAAAACAAGCAGUGAUAUAGUGAAUAAGCUCCGUUCAGAAGGCCAUUUCAUGUCAAUUCAUCUUCGGUUUGAGCUGGAUAUGCUUGCAUAUGCUGGGUGCAUCGACAUAUUCACACCUAAAGAACAGGAAAUCCUGUUGAAGUAUCGGGAAGAACAUUUUGCAACAAAGAAACUUGUCCACAGGGAAAGACGGCUCAUUGGAAAGUGCCCUUUAACUCCAGAAGAGGUAGGUCUUGUUAUACGUGCUAUGGGAUUUGAUAACACAACACGGAUUUACCUUGCUUCUGGAGAACUCUUUGGUGGGGAACGUUUCAUGAAGCCAUUCAAGGCUAUGUUUCCACGUCUAGAAAACCAUAGCAUGGUUGGAAGUGGAAAGCUGGACAAAGGGCUAGCGGGGUCGGCAGUUGAUUACAUGGUCUGUCUCCUGUCGGACAUUUUUAUGCCCACAUAUGAUGGCCCGAGCAACUUUGCAAACAAUCUCAUGGGUCAUCGCCUAUACUCUGGUUUCCGAGCCACAAUCACACCAAACAGGAAGGCCCUUGCUCCAAUAUUCAUGGACAUGGAUGAAGGGCAUGCAUCUGGAUAUGAGGAGAGGAUCAGGCAGGUCAUGUUCAGCACCCAUUUUGGCGCCCCCCACAGGCGCAUCCAUCCAGAGUCUUUCUACACAAACUCAUGGCCAGAGUGCUUCUGCCAGAUGAAUGCCAGGAAUCAAGCUGACCAGUGCCCACCCAACAAUGUACAUGAUGUCCUUGAAAGUCAGUUCCACUCAACUGGUGAGGUGUCGGUGGCGGCAAGCGCCAAGAGAUGAUGUGUAGUUAAAAGGCGUCUUCGCUGUAACGUGCAUUUUUCCCCCUACUCGGCAACCGUAAGCCGGGCAAAGGAUUCUCGUUUUGCCCCUGUCAAACUGGAGACUCGAGCAAGGCGAAAGGCUGAAGAGUGAUGUGUGUUUUGGGUGUGUUGAAAGGGACUCAACGAAUCUGUACAGUUGAGUUGUGAGGGGUGUUGAAUGCUAAUUUGACUUGAAUACUUGGCAACUUGGUUCGUUUUGCGCAGAUUAGCUUUGAUCUUA